AUGGCGCCAGAUAGGAACCAAUCAAGAUCUUGGCUACUUUCAGGUGAGGAACCGGAAAUUCAGGUAUCCCAAAAUAUUCAUGCUGCUCCUCCCGCCAAAACGACUGUAACGGCUGAGGUCUAUAAACAGUUUCUUGACGAGUAUAUACCGAAGUGGUUAGACGGAAAGCCGUUUGAGCGACCUAUUCUACUUCAUGAUAACGCGAGACCACAUAAGGCAACUCUAGUUACUGAUUUUUUGGCAGAAAAACAAGUUCCAUGUUGGUUUCAUCCUCCUUAUUCUCCCGAUAUAAGCCCUUUGGACUUCUGUUGUUUCGGCCAAUUAAAGAGGCGACUCAAGGGAAUCAACCAUCAAAAUUGGGAUGAAUUCGAACAAGCUUUGGAAACAGCGGCAAAUGACCUUAAUAGCGAAGGUCACAUGACUGGUGUUCAACAGCUACCCGAUAGAUGGUCACGCAUGAUUAAUUCUAAAGGUCAAUACUUGUAA